AGUUUUCUAGAAAACCCAUAGAAGAACAUGUCACAAAAUUCUGUGCAAAAAUAUAUCGAUUUUCUUUUUCGAUGUUCUAUCUCUGUUAUAAAUUUCACCCCGAUCCGACAUCGGCGUCCCCGGUUUCCAAGAGGGUCAAAAAAGAGGGGGGGGUACCCUUAAGAACAUUCUCUAUUUCAUGUAUAACGACAAAAAACCUAAGAAAAAUCUAAAUUUUGAGGCAGAACAUCAAUUGUGUAUUUUCAAAUCAUAUUUCAUUUCGUGUAAGGUUAAUCAUUUCUAACAGAAAUUACAUCAGAAUUACAUAUUAAAUCUAUUCUAUCGAAUUAAGUCAAUAUACACUAUCAUUUGUAUGAUCUUGAAGAAUUAUUGAACGUACAAUUGUGAAUAAACGAGUAACUUAAAAAUAUAUUGUCUUUAGAAUAUUAAGGAUGUGUGAUUCAUAAUGUUGCAAUGCUGAUUUGUUAAAAAAAUACCUAUUGUGUUUUUGUUUUUGAUACUAGAUUACAAGAAAUAAUAGAAAAAAAACAAAUCUAUCUUUAGUUUCAUCCAUCAUACGAUAAAAUUGCCAUUAAAUAAAACAAUAACCCUUUCUCUAAGUUGAGUAAUCCUCCAUAUUAUUUUGUCAUAAAAAAUGAUCCAAAUGACCAUUAUAACAAUGACAGUAUAGUCAGAUAUUUUAGUUCUUAUGUAUGCGAUUUUAUCCAUAUGUAUGUCUCACUGUGCGCAGAUAAAAGAGUUAGAAAAUACAUUUAUUUUUCGUCACAGAUUACAAAUUAAAAGAAAAGCAGCUGUUCACAUAACGAGAGAAAUUUUUUUAUUUUUUAUUUUUAUUCGAUUUCUUUUAUAGUUGAAAAAAAUAUUGCAUAUUUCUAUCAGAUUUUUGAUAUUUACAAAUUACAACUACGUUAUCUAUAUCAGAGCAGGUAUGCUAACUUUAGUAGAAAACAGCGUAUCAUCGCAAUUAAUCUCAGCUAUCUCGACAGACUUAAUAUUUUUUCCUCUAAAUAUUCUGCAUCACAAUAGAUUUUUAUUAAAAGACUAGUGAGUUAUAUAAAUAGUUAAUCAACUAUUUAAUAAAUUUCAUUUACUAAACAUUUUUUAAUAAUUCAUGCUAAACAUUGUUAUUAUUGGUAUAAUAAACGAUUCUCGGUCAUUGAAAGAACAAUUGCAUCUAUUUUUUUGCGGCGUAAACUCUGAAUGUUUUGAACUUUUUCAUUCUUUAGAUAUGUCUACUAACAAAACUACAACUCAACAUGAAGAUACGUAUGAUCAUUAUUUAUUUGAAAAUGAAAAACAUUUUCAAGCAGGUAAUGGAGGAAAGCAACGUACAAAAGCUGAGGUGGAAUUAAAUUCAAAUCGACAAGAGUCCAACGGACAAAAUAGAAAAAUUGUGACAAUAAUGGCAAAUACCGAAAAAAAUCAUAAAAGCACUAAAUGA